AUUGCCCAACAGAGCACGGGAGGUGUCCGGGCUGAAGCAUCACCCUCUCCCUCCCCCCUCCCCGAGCUCCUCUCCGCCCUUCUGUCGCGGUGUCCCUGCAGGGAAGGGCUGAGCUCAGCGGGGCUCCGAAACGGGCCGGUAAGGAACGCGGGGACCGCAUCAAAACUGCGGGUCUGCUUUUGCGGAUGCGGCUUUCAUUUGAAAUUUAAAAAGAAACUUUUCGAGAUGCGACAAACCCGGUAACGUUAACCAGGGAAAACAAGCUAAAAAUCUGAAGAAUUUGCACAAGAUUUUCGUUUCUUUCUCUCACGUGCAUCUAUCGUAUUUACAGUGAACUGCACGCUCAUCGGGCGGGUAGAAACCCUUUUCCGUGUGUUUAUUUCUCACUUUCCCGUACGGCGUUUUUUUUCUCCAGCCGUUCUCCCCCCUCCGGAGGACACAGAGCAGCAACCGCAGGGCCCGGGGAGGGGGGGUGGCUGGCAGAGCCGGGAUGCUCCGCUGCGGAGUCCCCGAGCCGUCCGGAGCCGCAGCCGAGGCCGGGGUUCCCCACAGGGCUGCGCUCAGCAGGUGCGGCCCUCCGGCACGGAGCGCGUUUGCCCGGAGCCUCCGUUCUUUCUCCAGUUCAGUGGUGGGAAAAGGAAGAAACGCAAACCGAAAUGAAAACAGCAAUAAAAACGCGAGAUGGACGGAUAGCAAAAAGUGAAAGCGGGUCCGACAGCGGCAAGUUAGCGGGGUUUUCAUUCGUUUUCGUUAUUAUUUUUAAAUUGAUUAUGAGCUGGCCGUGAGCCUCGAAGGCGGGUGGGGGAUUUCGCGGGACAGCGGCAGCCCCGGCCCUCCCGUGCCUCCCCCGGGCUGCUCCGCUGCGGUGCGGUGAGCGGGGAAGCGGAGGGAGAGCGGAGCCCCCGACCGCCCGUCCCUGCACUCUCGGCAGCCGAUUUCAUGCCUCUCCGGUUGUGGGUCACGAGCCGGGCCUUGGCGGGAGCCGAGGUGACAUCGCCGGGAGACGCUGGAGCGGAGGUAGGGGUCAGGGCUCUGUAACUCGACCGGUUUCAUCCUCCCCCCUCCCCGGCUCGGCGCUGGCGGGGCUCUCCCGGGGGUGCGGGCUGCUGGGAGCCCCGGGGAGCUGGGACAGCGGGAGGGAGGUGGGAAUGCUUUUUAGGACAAGUAAUGUCCCAACACCAUCUCACGUUAAACGUGCCCCCACCCCGAGCCGCACACCCCCCCUGCAGGGCCAAAGGCAGUCCCGACCAGGGGAGGGAUGGGAGCGGGGUCUCGCUGCUCUGGAGCCCCGGAGCAGACCCACGGCGUGACAUCGCGUAAUGGAUGGGAUUCGUACAGGCAGGAGGAAGCUGCGGUUGCCCUGAGAUCCCCGCGGCGACUCCUACCCGCCCGGUACCGGCGGUCGGGGCUGUGCCCGGGCAGCCGCCGCCGUUACAGCUUUGUCCUUCACACAAACCCACAGCUCGCUGUGUCCGGAAAGAAAGAAAGAAAGAAAAAAUCCGUUUUAAAACAAUUUUGUCCAUCUACUGACACCGCUGCUGCACGCUGGCUACGGGAUUCCCAUGUCAAGCCGUUGUUGUGUUUACUAAACGUGAAAGCAACCCCCAUUUAGUUUUUCUGUCCUUAAAAGAAUUGUAUCGCGUCGUGUUCCUCUUGGAAACUUAACGAACGAGCGCUUUGGUAAUUAACUCACACCAUUCAAAAGGUUUUACUCGAGCUCAUGUAAACGGUGCGUAUCGGAGGCGGCACGGAAAAGCGAUCGCUGCGGCAGUGCUCGGGCUCUGAGACGGGAGCAAAGUCCCGAAUUCAUCUCCCAUCAGGGAGCCCGGCACAGGCAGCAAAGCUACAGGACAGGUAAAAUUUAAGCAUUUCGUUUCUCUGAGCGGCUCGCAGCCGAGGGGGAGGAAACCCACCUCCUGCGGCGCGGAGCAGCAGCCAGCCUAAUUGCCGGAUUCCAGGCACGGAGCCCAGCGAGGGCAGCAGGGAAAGCCCACAACUGCUGCUCGAGUCACCGUGCCCCGGUCACCGUCCCGAGACACCGACCGAGAUGGGAGAGCAGCCACCAGCCGUCUCCUGGGCUCUUCUCCCUAAAAAGCAAAGGGGGAUUUAAAACCGAAACAUCACGCGGUUUUAUACUGGGUUUGGCAGAAAUCGCCCCGAAAUAACGGAGAAGACCCAAGCGGGUGCUUCCCGGCCGCGCUCUGCUCUGCUCAGAAGGGCAGAAAUCUCUUUUCCAGGCGCAAUCCCCGAGGUGAGACGCUGGGGGUUGGAAGAUGCUCUCCCCGCAGGAAAUGGGCUCUGGGAACUCGCUCGGUUCCAGCAAGAAAGGCCCAAAAGAACCACAGCAAGGGAAGGAAGGAGUUGUGGCUGCAGCAGGGAGAAGCGCCUGGACAGCUCCAAAAGCGUUUUCCUCCGCAGGAACGCGGAGAGGUGAAAGCAGAGCUCCGGAGAGCUGCGGGAAUGCCGAGGUCCCACAAUGGGAACGGGGAGAUUGGCACCAGCUCGCGCAAGGAAACCCUAAUAGGCUAUUUCUGGACUACUGGCUCUUAACAAAUCUAUAGCACCUGAAGUGUUAGCACUCAAUUAGUGACAAGGUUUUAAAACCCAGCGUUUACCGGCGAGGUAUAAACAGAGUCCUCGGGAGAUAGCCGGGAAUUAGGGCGGGAGGGGGCCCGGACACCUUAGCCGGGUGGCAGUAAGAGGAAAACUUUUCCAAAAGGCCCCUUUUCUCUCUCUCUAAACAGUCCGAGGUGUCGAAAGCUCGGGGGGGGGAGGGAGGGAGGAUGUGCUCUGCGGAGCUUUUUGAGGCUUUUUUGUUUGUUUGUUUGCUUGUUUGUUUUCAGCUCUCUAAAUAUAUACGUUAAACGAAUUUCAUUUAGUAGUCCUGGAAGGAAGCGAUGGGGUGGUGUGGAAGUCAGCCCCAGUCUGAAAGGGGUUCGUGGGCGCUGGGGUCGGAUCGGGGCUGUGCGGGCAUUGAGGCGCGGCACGUCGGGCUGAACCGCCCGCAUUGGUGCUCAGAGCCCGGAGUGAACCGGAGAAGGAGGCGGGGUGCCGAGCCCCGACCCGGAAAGUCCGUGAGUUGCAGCGUGUCAGUGACUUAUUCAUCAAUCAGCCGGACACAGAGCAGACCUGGCCUCUCUUUGCUCAGUGUUUGCUUUUUCACCAAUUAUUGCGGCCCUGCAGCUCUUUUUGUUGAUACAGUAGUUCUAAAAAGUGCUAAUGUUCAUUUAUCAGGGGACCGAGCCCGGGACUCCCACUAGUUGUGAUUCUUCCAAAAAUAUAAACACGCGGAGAAGGGCUAAGGCUAAAGCCCCCAUUUGUUUCUAAACUGCGGUAUUAAAAGUGAUGCAUUGUUAAAGAUAAAGCGGAGAUAACGCUGUCUGUCUCCAAUGAAUGUCUCCCCGACGCAUUAAUGACAUUCCAAAUGAUAGCUCCGGCUUAUCGUUCAAUUAAUCACUUCCACCCUCUGCAGCCGGGACCACAUCGAUCGGGAGCGGCCGUGUGACUGCGGGCAGCCCUUCAGUGCUCCAGCAGCAGCCGUUCGCCGGCCGCUCUUCUGCCUGCGUCCCCGGGGCCGCCCCGACGGGGAUGAGCUGCGGGCCGGGACCGCUCCUCUGCGGGCUCUCCGGGUGGGCAGCGCCUUUCUCGCCGCCCUGAGAGCUCCGCCGUGCAGCGCUGUGUCUCCCGGUAGCCCCGUGCACCCGGAUUUCUCCCGUCCCGAAGGAGCUGCCCUGAAAGCGGGUGGGCCUACUGCCGUCGGGCAGGGUUUAGGGGGAGAUCGCGUUCACUUCGUUGUUUUAGUGUUUCCCUAAGCUAUCUCGAUUAGGUUGCAGAGAAAUGAAAGGGAGGCAGCGAGGUCUGAAAGGCCGCCGGGCGGUGCCCCGCUGACCCGACGCACGGGAGGCUCUGGGAAGCUGCCUCCGCCCUCCCCGGGCUUCUCACCCCUUUUCCUGCAGCCGAGAAAAGGCACUCCGAGCCGCCGGCCCCCUCGGGCCCGGUAUCCCAGGGACGUCCUCGGGGAGCGCAGCCGCACGGAGCGGCGUGGCCGCCGCCCUCCCUCAUUAAAUAGCCGUAUUUCAGGUCUCCCUGCACGCUAUUCGCUCCGACUGUCAGCGCGAGAUCCGGAUCUGCUUCACAAAGAACCGCUCCCGGAAAGGCAGCGGGAGGCUGCACGGAGAUCGCGAGCGCUAAUGCAACCCCAGCCCCAAAGCCACAGCUUCACCCGCAAAAGAACGCUUAACUCAGUGCCCCCGAGCGGGACUCGAAAGUGGAAAGGCGCAAAAUCUCUCCGGAGGAGGGGGGAAAGGCAGCAGCUCGGAGCAGAGCUGCGGACAGGUGCUCGGCUUUUCCCCGCCUCGGAGCAUCCAUCCUCAUCUACGGGAGGAGGAAGGUUUGCGGCAGGGCCCGGCUGCAGCCCGGGAACAAACCCUGCAAACCGCCCCUCAUCUACAAAACCUGCCCCCGUGUCCCGCAGCUCCGGGCACUGCGUGCCUGGGACGCCCCAACUCACCGCAACCGCGGGGUCUCUCCGCUCGCUGCCCGGCCCCAUCUCCCACCGUCUCACGGUACCGCACCGAACAAAUCGCUUAAAGAGAUUGGUUUUUUUUUUUUUCCCCUCUCACCCCUAAGCCAGAAAGCUCCGUACCGCCCCUCCUCAGCCUGAGGAUUUGCCUCUACGGUUCCCUUCGGCGACUCCGAGUGCGUGAAGUCACCGACCCGAUGCUGCUCCGGGUGUGCGGGGCUCUGCGGGCGGACAGAGAACCGAGAGCAGCAGACCGGGCCGGGAGCUGGGCUGCCCCCGGGGCUGUAUUAUCCCCAAGACCCCUCGGUGCUCCGAGCGCCAUUGGGUAGCGGCGGAGCAGCCCUCGCAGGGUUUGCUUUGGUUUGAAAAUUUCACAAACAAGGGCGGAAAAAACAACCCAUUCCUCCCCCCUCCCUCACCCGCCCGGGGCUGCUCAGGGUCGUUGUGUCGCGGGGCUUUGGAGUUGCGCUGCACCGCGGUGUAUUAAGCACGGAUUUCCCCUCGAACGCGCUCGCAGCGCGGCGAUCUCCCGUUUUGUAGUUCCUGUGAUCGGAUAUUGCAGAACACUAAAAACGAAAACUCCGCUCCUUCUUCAAGAAAAAAUGAAAUCAGCACAUAUUUGGUUGAUGGUUUCCUCCCGGCCUGUUUAUUUAAUCUGACUGUAUGAUAGAUGGCAUCAGAUAGGGGCUCUGUACACAUCAGGCCAGUCGAGAGUGUUUUUCUUUUUUCUUUUUUUUUUUUUUAAUGGAUCAACAAACUGAGCUGGGAAAGCUGGAUAAAUACAGUGCCGCCCCUUUAAAUGAGCGGGGAUGUUUUUGCGAUGUAUUACUAUAUUAGGUGACAAGGAACUUUGCAUCUCUCAUACCAUCACGGCAAUGUUGGCCAAUAGAAAGCUAAAGUCACCCAAAAACUGCCUAGUCCCUCCUUCCCGUCCCUUAUGGUCCGCUCCUACCUGCGCGCAGCACACAGGGCCGCCUCCCGCGGGAUGCUAUGUGCCCCCCCCGGCAGCCCACGCUGCAGCAGCGCUCCGGGCCGCCCGCUCCUCGCUUCCCCUUCCAUGACCCCGGGCUGCGGCCGCUGUCCCGCUUUCCUCCGCAAUGUUUCCUAGCCCUGUGACGACGACUCCCUUCUCGGUCAAGGAUAUUUUGAACCUGGAGCAGCAGCAGCAGCAGCAGGGCGGUCUGGCCCCUAUGGAGCUCUCUUCGCCCUCCUGCAUGUUGGCCACCUUCAAACAGGAGGCGUUCGGUUCCGAGCCGCCCGCCCUGCCCGAGCUCCCCGAGCCGCACCCGGCCAAACCGCCCGCCGCCUUUCCCGGCCCCUACUACGUGAAAAGCUACGGGGAGAUGGACGCGGCCAAGGAUUCCAAGGCGGACAAGAAAGAACUGUGCUCCCUACACAAGAGCCUGGAGCAGGAGAAGAGAGAGCUGGAGGAUCCCGAGCGGCCCAGACAGAGGAAGAGGAGGAAACCCCGCGUCCUCUUUUCUCAAGCCCAAGUCUACGAACUGGAGAGAAGGUUCAAGCAGCAGAAAUACCUCUCGGCUCCCGAGAGAGACCAUCUAGCGAACGUCCUAAAGCUCACCUCUACCCAGGUGAAAAUUUGGUUCCAGAAUAGAAGGUACAAAUGCAAAAGGCAGAGACAGGACCAGACCCUGGAGAUGGUGGGGAUCCCACCCCCCCGGCGGAUAGCGGUGCCGGUGCUGGUGCGGGACGGGAAGCCCUGCCUGGGGGAGUCUUCUCCCUACAGCUCGCCCUACAACGUCAGCAUUAACCCCUAUAGCUACAACGCCUACCCCGCGUACCCCAACUACAACAGCCCCGCCUGCAACGCCAACUACAAUUGCAGCUACCCGACCGUGCAGCCCGUGCAGCCCUCGGCGGCAGGCAACAACUUCAUGAACUUCAGCGUGGGGGACUUGAAUUCGGUGCAGCCGCCCAUCCCACAGGGGAACGCGGGCAUCUCCACGUUGCACGGGAUCCGAGCGUGGUAGGGCGGCCCGGGCCCGGAGCUGCGCGGGGGGGUGGAGGUCGGGACAUCGCCGGGCUGCAGGGCGAGGGCAGCUCGGUGCGGGACAGCGGGGAGCUCCCCGAGGCUCUGGGGCACGGGGUUCGGCCCGCUCAUUCCCCUCUCCUCAUCUUCCUACAGAACGGUCGGUCAUUUCGCUUGACUUGUUCCUAAACAACGGCAAGCCAAGCCCUACAACUCAUUAUUAUUAUUUUCUUUUUUCUUUCUUUCUUUCUUUCUUUUUUUUUUUUUUUAAACUCUUAUUCUAAUUAUUAUUGAGAACCACAUUUAAUUUUGCACUUCCUGUCCGGUUCCCCCCCCCUCCCAUCCAGCCCGGUCCGCCCGCCUCUCCCCGCGGUCGCUGUCCCAGCGCAGGACGGGGACGGCCCCGCCGAGCUCCGGGCGCUCCGACCCGCCCCGUCCGCUCCCCGUAGGGUUAUGCACUAAAACGUGAGUUAGGAUUCAGAUGCACUGCCCGCUCCUCGCCCCGCCGCCCGUUCGGACGUGUUUCCCUUUGCUGUACGAGCUGACGGAGAUCAGCGAGUUGUCAUUAAAGAGAGUGGCUUCACCUUGCGCGUUCCUGGCCUUCACUGGGCAGCCGAGGACCCCCGGGGCUCCCAAUGCCGCCCCCGAUCACCUUUUUGUAUUACUUUUCCCCUCCUCUCCGUUUCUGUACCCCUUCGGUAAUUGCGGCGAUUCCCGGUUUGGUGCGAGCGUUAAUGUAUUUUUAAAAGCGAUUUAAAAGCU